AUGGUGAAUUUUUUACUUCUAAGUGGGGGAAUUUUAAUACUUCCGUAUGUAUAUUUAAAUAGUCUUAAAAAACCACACCCUAAUAUAGAUUUGCCUUUACAAAGUUGUUUAAGUGAAUUAACUGAUAUAUUAUCUAGUUUAGAUUAUAUGUUACCUAAAUUAUCUCAAUUUAUAGAUCAGUUUCAUGUUGUAGUACAAACUCAUGAAAUUAAUGUUAUAACAGAUUCGGCUGGGAAUAUGUCUAUCGAUGUACCUGGUAAUAUGCCUAGUGUAGUAGAAAAAGAAAUAACUAAAAAAAUACAAAUAAUGGACAAAUUAAUUAAAAGUCAAGGUUUUGAAAUAAAUAAUUUGUUUCAGAAAGCUCACUCUAUUGAAAACAAUAUAAAACUUGUUAAACCCGAAUACAACUCUAAAAUAAUAGAGCAGUUAUCAGCAUUUAACAAGUUAAAUGCUUCAUAUAAACAUUAA